UGGGAGGCAGAAAAUAAACGGCUGGCUCAAGGAAGGUCCAAUUUGCAGGAGGGAAAAAGGGAGGAAGGACCAAAGGGUAUUGAAUAGGAAGACUUCAGAGAGGGGCUGAUGCCAGAACAGGGCUUUGAAGAAUGAAUAAGAGUUUGCUAGUAAGUCUCAAGGUGACGUCUAGGCAAGCUGCCGGGAAGGGAGGGGAGUUGCUUGAGGUCGGUCCUUCGUUUGUUCAUUCCUUUAUUCAGCAAGCCUUCCCCAGGCUGCUUCCUGUGGGGUCCUGGGGUACGGGAGCAGCCCGCCCCGUCAAGUGGACCCGGCGGGUCUGGGUGUGGAUGGUGCUGAUUGAUGCAGGGCGGUCAGGGCUGCAGCGGGGCUGCCCACGGUGUGAGGGAUCCACACCACCCGCUCCCAGCUGCGCUCUGGCCUCAAGCACUGUGCCGGCUCCUCGGCCCACCCCACGUGUCACCCAGGCCCGCAGGCAUCCCGCCUGCGAGGAGGGGAGCGGGCGGACAGCGGCCGGGCCACGGGUCUGCUCGGGGCUGGAGCCCAGCCCCCGCGCAGCCUGGUGGUGGUGGCGUCUGUACCGUGCCCCCGGCAUGGCGGCGGCCGAGGUGCCCGGCUACCUCGUGUCCCCGCAGACGGAGAAGCACCGGCGGGCCCGCAACUGGACGGACGCGGAGAUGCGCGGCCUCAUGCUCGUCUGGGAGGAGUUCUUCGACGAGCUGAAGCAGACCAAGCGCAAUGCCAAGGUGUACGAGAAGAUGGCCAGCAAGCUGCUGGAGAUGACCGGCGAGCGCCGGCUGGGCGAGGAGAUCAAGAUCAAGAUCACCAACAUGACCUUCCAGUACAGGAAAUUAAAAUGCAUGACAGAUAGCGAGUCCGUCCCGCCCGACUGGCCCUAUUACCUAGCCAUUGAUAGGAUUCUGGCCAAGGUCCCCGAGUCCUGUGAUGGCAAACUGCCGGACGGCCAGCAGCCGGGGCCCUCCACGUCCCAGACCGAGGCGUCCCUGUCGCCGUCUGCUAAGUCCGCCCCUCUGUACUUACCGUAUAACCGGUGCUCCUACGAAGGCCGCUCCCAGGACGAUGGCUCCGGCAGCUCCUCCAGCUCACUGCCCCUUAAGUUCAGGUCGGACGAGCGGCCCGUGAAGAAACGCAAGGGACAGGGCGGCCACUUGCAGAGGAAGAAGCUGCGGCUGCUGGAGACGAUGCUGGAGGAGCAGCGCCGGCUGAGCCGCGCCCUGGAGGAGACGUGCCGCGAGGUGCGCCGCGGGCUGGACCAGCACAGCCUCCUGCAGGCGCAGGGCCUGCAGCUGCAGGAGCGCAUGAUGAGCCUGCUCGAGAAGAUCAUCGCCAAGUCCGGGGUCUAGGCCGCCCGCUGGCCCCCCGCCGCCGCUCCCGGCCGGGCCUUCCCUCCCAGGGGCCCGGGAGCCCCCAGAGCCUCGGUCCGGCAUUAAAGCCCCCCGGACACGCGGCCGGGCCCCGGGCUCGCUGCAGGGCAGCUCCCGGGAAGAGCCCCCCGGGGUCUGCUCUCCAGAACCGCCACCGUCGACGGUACUCGGCGCGGCUGUCGACGGUAAACGUGUCAUUUUCAUCACGGCCUGGAAGCGGAGGUCACGGGGCAGCCUUGGAGGGAGGCGGCAGGCGGUCCCUUCCAAGACGAGGCAGGUGGACGCGGCAUGGGGGCAGGUGU